AUUUGAUUUGAUUUUUGCAGGAUCACUUGUUACACCCCUCUUCUUGGCUCCAGUCUUAACCAUUUUGAUUUCCUCUACAUCAACUCAGAGAACUGAGGGAAGAAAAAUGAAUUCUUCAGACCAUGGAUUCAAUCCAGCCUUCAAUAUGGCUGCAAUCAAGCAAGUGUUUAAUGAAGCUGUUGAAAGAGUUCGGAUGCCAACUCCUAUGCGGCUACGUGACCUGAUACGGCAAAUCCGAGCUGCCCGGACUGCUACCGAAGAAAGGGAGGUCAUUAAUAAGGAAUGUGCCUACAUUCGUUCCACUUUCCGGGAAGAGGACUCUGCUUGGCGCUGCCGAAAUGUUGCCAAGCUUCUAUACAUUCACAUGCUAGGAUAUCCUGCACAUUUUGGUCAGUUGGAGUGUUUAAAACUAAUAGCUUCUCCACGUUUCACUGACAAGAGAAUUGGUUACCUUGGUGCUAUGCUUUUGUUGGAUGAACGUCAAGAUGUGCAUCUUCUUAUCACAAAUUGUUUGAAAAAUGAUUUAAAUAGUUCAACCCAGUUUGUUGUUGGUUUGGCGUUGUGUACAUUAGGUGCUAUUGCAUCUCCUGAAAUGUCACGAGAUUUAGCUGCAGAGGUAGAAAGACUAAUGAAAUCCCCCAAUGCAUAUAUACGAAAGAAAGCUGCUCUAUGUGCCUACAGGAUAGUUUUAAAAGUACCAGAGCUUAUGGAAAUCUUUCUUCCUGCAACUCGGUCACUUUUAUCUGAAAAGAACCAUGGAGUCCUGAUUACAGGAGUUACUCUCAUCACUGAAAUGUGUGAACAUAGUCCUGAUACCCUUCAACACUUUAAGAAAAAUUUUUCUGUAGUGGUGGGAAAAGGAAAGAAGUCUUCUUUUAAGGACUGCAGUCAAGAGGAGAUUGUACCAAACUUGGUACGGAUUCUCAAGAACUUGAUCCUUGCUGGCUAUUCUCCUGAGCAUGAUGUAUCAGGGGUCAGUGAUCCUUUCCUUCAGGUGAAAAUACUGCGACUUCUUCGUAUACUUGGACGAAAUGAUGCAGAAGCAUCUGAAGCCAUGAAUGACAUUUUGGCCCAAGUUGCCACUAAUACAGAAACAUCUAAGAAUGUUGGUAAUACUAUACUUUAUGAAACCGUCCUAUCCAUAAUGGAUAUCAAAUCAGAAAGUGGUCUCAGGGUGUUAGCUGUUAACAUUCUGGGACGUUUCCUGCUGAACAAUGAUAAGAAUAUCAGAUAUGUAGCUCUCAAUACACUUCUGAAGACUGUCCAUUUAGACACUAGUGCUGUCCAAAGGCAUCGAACCACUAUUCUAGAAUGCCUUAAGGACCCAGAUGUUUCUAUUAGACGACGUGCUUUGGAACUUAGCUUUGCCCUGAUAAAUUCCAACAAUGUUCGAACUAUGAUGAAGGAAUUGCUUCUCUUUUUGGAGCGAUCGGACCCUGAAUUUAAAGCACAAUGCAGUUCAAGUAUUGUUCUUUCUGCUGAACGCUAUGCACCCAACAAACGUUGGCACCUUGACACUCUCUUGAGAGUUCUUAUUGCUGCUGGCAAUUAUGUGAGAGACGAUGUUGUGUCCUGUACCAUUCAAUUGGUGUCAGAGUCUGUUGAACAGCAGGGAUACGUUGCAGCUCAGCUUUGGCGUGCCCUUGAACAGGACACUUCUGAUAGGCAACCGCUGACACAGGUUGCAACAUGGUGUAUUGGAGAGUAUGGAGAUAGCCUCCUUUAUGGAGAUGUUUCUGUUAGUGAAGACCCAAGUGAUAUUGUGAGGGUUACUGAAGAUGAAAUUCUUGAUGUUUAUCAACGUUUGCUAUGGUCCCCUCAGAACACUGUUAUUACAAAACAGUAUACUUUACUAUCCUUAACUAAACUUUCUACUCGUUUUCGGUCUAAUGUGGAACGCAUUCGUCAAAUGGUCCAACAGUUUGGUAGUCAUCUGCACAUUGAACUUCAGCAACGAGGUGUUGAAUUCACUCAAUUAUUCAACUCUCACGCUCAUUUACGCCCUGCACUUCUUGAGCGCAUGCCACCUAUGGAAGCAAUUCGUCGAGACAAUGGUUCACAACAGCAACAAACUCAGAACAAUGCUGUGAAUGGAUUGCUGGAUGUGGCUGAUGUCAAUACUGAUGAUUCAACUGUCAACAGUGAUUCUAAUGCUCUCCUUGUCCUCCUUGGUGGAAAUGACCCAAGUGGAAUCAGUACAGAUAGUGAACAGCCUAAUGUUAAGCCUCCAGUAUCUGUCCCUGCUUCCACUGACAAUCAAGAUUUACUUGAUCUACUUGGUGGUCUGGACAUGGGUGUAACAGCUCCUCCUCCUGUGGCGGUUAACAACAUGAAUAUGAACAACAAUGUGCACAGCACCAACAAUAACAAUACCCUUCUGCUUGAUCCUUUGGGCUCAUUAGGUUCUCUCAGUUCCUCAACACCAACUCUGUCGUCCCUGCCAUCUAUGGUUCCAAACUCAGAUUUGAGCAGCUUGGUUGCAUAUGAAAAGAAUGGACUGCGUAUCAUGUUCACAUUGGAAGGUGUGGACAUUCCAUCGACCAUAAGCAUAGUAAUGUCAGCCUACAAUGAGACCUCUCUACCUUUGAGUGACUUCCUCUUCCAAGUGGCUGUUCCUAAGACAUUCCAGCUGCAAAUGAUGUCUCCUAGUGGUACCACCAUUCCACCCUCUGGUUCUGUUACGCAGAUACUACGCAUCCAAAACCCUAAUAAGGGUGCCUUGAGAAUGCGAAUGCGCAUCUCAUACAAUACCGGUGGAGCUUCAGUUCAAGAACAAGCAGAGAUGAAUCAGUUUCCUGCUGAAGGGUGGCAGUAAGAAGGUGGAAUUUACUUAGGUUACUGGUGAAAUAAAAAUGCAAUUUAUUGAACUGCCUCUCAUGUAGUUUCCAUUUGUGAAUCAUUCAACACGGUUGGUGUGCUCUUGUGUCUUUUAAGCAGCAGCUCCAUUCCAAAGCCUCUUGAGUGUUUUGUGUGAAAUUGAGACGAAGAAUUCUCUUAUUUUAUGUUUGGAACAUGGCUUCGUCUGUUUCUUUGUUAAGCAAUGCUUAAUGUUUGGAAGCUAGUUUUUAUUUUCUGUUAAGAGGAUUAUUGGAAUUCACAACCAACCUUUUGGACUCCUGUUAAUCUCAGCUGGCCUGAGUUCUACAGAGAAAAAAAAAACAUCCUCAAAAAUAAAAAUGGAAACUACUGUAUCAGCUUUUUUCUUUGUUAAUAUGUCCAAGAGCUAUGCUGAGAAUUUAAUUCUGACUUCCUUUAUGUUCAUUGCUUCUGCACUAUUACGUCUUAAGGAGGCAAAGAAUCUUCUGUACAUAAGUGGUAUAUUUUACUACAGAGAGGACCAUUUAAUGUAUUAUUUUUUAUGAUGUGAAGUAAAACUUCAAAUUUUAAGUACUAUGUACGUAUGUUUUAAUCAUGAUAAUUUUAUUGUGUUUGUUGGUUUCUCAAACCCACAUGCUUCAAAUUGUUUUAUCACCUAUUGUUUGUAUAUUAAUGGUCCACUAUAUCUUCAAACUUGUAUUAAUGAGAAUGAAAUUAUGUGAAGAGAAAGUGUGAGAAAGUUUGUAUAUAGAUACCUAAAGUUUACUGUAGCCAUUCAUUUACCGCAGACUGUGAAUUUAAUUAAAUUCUGGAAGUAUUACUGGAAGGUGCAGCUAUGAUUACUGACUGGAUCAUAUUGUAAAUAGAAAUAGGAACUAUCAUGUCACAGCAGCACUUUCAAAGAUCAGACUAAUUUUUUUGAAUGUAAUGUUCGUUUCUGUAAGUAAGUGAUGAAUUACAUUAAAACUCUACGGAUGUUCUCCUA